AUGAGUUUAUCAACAACAACAGUCGAAAAACGGCUCCUCGCAACCGCAGAGCACCUCAAUGCCCCUACUAAAUACCAACCAACGUCGGUUCCGUGGGUACAUCCCCAUUUAGAGCAGGGCGUGGUGCCGAUUAAAGGCCGCCAGGUGCGUGCCUCGCAACCCAUCCGCCAGGGUGAGGUCCUGAUGAUUGACGUGCCCUAUGCGCUCAUUCCCGUCGUCGAUGAUCCGGCCAGUAGCGAUAGUCUUCUGUGCAGCAACCCAACCUGUAGUCGCCAGACACAACGCAGUUCGGGACGAAUUUCGUGUCCCAAUCGCUGUAUCGCAGAUCUAGUCUGGUGCGGUCCGACCUGCCAGGAACUAGAUCAAUUGCGCCAUGAAUUCGAGUGCACCUGGCUGCAGAGAUACGCCGCUCCCAUCCGCGCAAAAUGGGGAGAAUAUGACUUUGGGAUGAUGUGGCUGAUCGUCCGCAUCCUCGCUUCUCGACAUAUGGAGCUACAACAGCCAUCUGAUACAGAAAAUGGAACGAAUCAGCGAUUCAAGGGUGGCUGGGAUGCCAUCCAGUCCUUUUGUGGCUCGAUAGACAGCUGGGCCCAUUCCCAGGUACGGUCAUGGACGGCGUUGGUCAAGAAGUACCUUCGCAGUAGUCCGGUUCUGCCACACAACUUGAGUGCCGACGACAUUGUGGCUCUGAUCUGCCGGGAGGAAGCCAACUCCUUUGGCUUGUAUCCACGCGAGACGGGUGUAUAUCCUGUCCCAGAACCCCCUGUGGACCGGGGAGAGCAGUUUGCUGCGGCCGUGUAUCCCCGAGCAGCGAUUGCCAACCAUUCAUGCAGUCCUAAUAUCAUGCAUAAACCAGACCACCACGGACGGAUGGUAUUCACUGCGUCAAGGGACAUUGCCGCCGGCGAAGAGUGUUGCAUAUCCUAUUUUGACCUGAGCAAACGUGUUGAUCUUAAGUCUCGUCGUGAUCACCUCCAGAGUCUGUUCAGAUUCGCCGAACCCCGCCCGAAACGCCCUAACGCCGUGCUCCUAAUGCAAGAAUGGGAGCAUGUGCAGCUGUCAAACAUGGAUACCAAGUACCGCCAACCUGACCCUGGCGUGGCCGAGGCCAGCGACUAUGCUUCAGAGCCUUCGGAAAUCCCGAAUAUCACGGCCGGAUCGCAGCACCUGCAUCGCAAGCUGGGCGGAAAAGAGGUUCAGCUCUUCGCGGUCGGGGGAGCCAUAGGAACAUCACUUUUCGUCCAGGCCGGUGCUAUGUUGCCUAAGGCGGGUCCUGCAGGUCUUCUAAUUGGGUUUCUUGCGUACACGCCUAUCAUACUCGCUGUCAAUCAAUGCUUUGCGGAGAUGGUCUGCUACCUGCCCAUACCCUCUCCGUUUAUUCGCCUUGCCGGUCACUGGGUAGAUGAUGCCCUUAGCUUUGCCAUGGGCUGGAAUUUCUUCUUCACCAUGGCACUGGGAAUUCCGUACGAGAUCGUCGCUAUCAACAUCCUCCUCACCUACUGGACGGAUCGUGUGCCUGUAGCGGCUGUCGUGGUGAUUAUGCUGGUGCUUUACACGCUAUUGAACGUAUUCACUGUUCGCUUCUUCGGAGUGUCAGAGUUCUAUCUGUCAUUUUUCAAGAUAUUCCUCAUGGUUGGACUUCUCCUGUACACCUUUAUUACCAUGGUCGGAGGCAAUCCCCGGCACGAUGUGUACGGCUUCCGAUACUGGCGUGACCCGGGGGCUUUUGUGUCCUACAUUGAACCCGGCAGUGUCGGGCGCUUCUGCGGCGUUUUAGCAUGCAUGAUCCAGGCCUCAUUCACAAUGGUCGGCCCUGAGUACAUAUCCAUGGCCGCCGCAGAAGCCGCCCGACCACGGCGAGUAAUGCGCAAGGCCUACGCGGCGUACCCCUGGCGACUGGUUACAUUUUUCAUCCUGGGUGUUCUAUCAAUGGGCAUACUCAUACCUUACAAUGAUCCUACACUGGCUGCCACCUUGGAAGGAUCGGGGCACGAAAGUGGCACGGGAGCUGCCUCUCCCUACGUAAUCUCCAUGAACCACUUCAACAUCCAGGUCCUCCCAGACAUCGUCAACGCCCUAAUCAUGACCUCCGUCUUCUCCGCCGGCAACAACCUGGUCUUCUCCGCCGCGCGGACCCUCCACGGCAUGGCCCUCGAAGGCCGCGCCCCAUCCCUCUUCGCACGGUGCAACUGCAAUGGUCUCCCCUACUACGCCGUCGGCGCCUCGCUAGCAUUCUGCCUGCUGGGCUUCCUCCAAGUAAGCAACAGCUCCGCGACCGUACUAAAUUGGCUCGUGGGAAUAAUCGUCGCCUCGUACCUGUUAAACUACGUCGGCACAUGCAUCACAUACCUGCACUUCUACGCGGCGAUGCGCCAACAGGGUAUAUCCCGGGAUACACUCCCAUACAAGGGAGUUCUGCAACCGUAUGCCGGUUGGUUCGCGUUAGUGGGUACGAUAGUCAUAACGAUGAUUAUUGGGUUCGAGAUAUUUCUGGAUGGACAGUGGGAUGUGCAAACGUUCUUUUUGGAUUAUACCAUGGUUCGGUUUGUUGUGGUCGCUUUUGGGUUUUGGAAGGUGGUGAAGAAGACGAGGUAUGUCUGGCCUGGAACGGCGAAUUUGAGACUGAGUGGGUUGAAGAAGGAGAUUGAUGAGUAUGAGGCUGGGGUGAUGGUUCCUGUUAGGAGGGGGGUUGCAAGGGCUUGGUAUGGGUUGUUUGAGUAG